AUUUGGCCAUUUUCAUUAGGGAUCCAGACUCAUGCAUGGACUGCUGUGCCCUUCAUUGUCUCUAACCCAAGAUUGUCCUUCUGUGGCAGGGUAUUUUGGUGUGAAGCCUGUGCUAAUCACCUGGUUAGAAGGAGGAGUCCUGGGGAGGCUGCCACGAAGCCUGUUCGCCGCUGAGCUCAAGCCGGAAAUCCAUCCUUGUCCCUUCUGCUCUCUCACCUUCUCCAGUCAUAACUUCCUCAGUCAUCACAUGAAACAAAGUCAUCCCUCUUGGAUCCUCCUGGGAACGUCUGCAAGAAAGCACCCUCAAUCAGAGAAUUCCUAUCCACAUGAUGAGAACAGAUGUAGGCAGCAUUCUGAUCCAUAUGACAAACCAAAGAAUGGCAUACUUGAAAGUCAAAAGCACAAAGAAAGCUCUAUACGUUCGACUAAUGGUAGGAAGCAUAGAAGAAUUUCAACAGCCUUUUCUAAACUACUUAGUGGUCAAAUAGAUAACUCUAGUAAACAGAUGACAAUGGAGGAAGACAUUAACACAGACCUGAAAGAAAAUCCAAAGGACAUUGUUGGAGUAGUUCCAGGGAUAGACUUGCCAAUAACUUUAAGAGACAAGUAUGUAAGGCUUGGGCAAGGCUCCUGUGAUGGAUCAAAUCUUAUCGCACAUCAAAUGACUCACACAGGGGAGAAACCCCAUGUUUGCAGGGAGUGUGGUCAAGGCUUCAGUGUGAAAUCAAAUCUCAUCAGACACCAGACGACACACACAGGGGAGAAGCCCCAUGUUUGCAAGGAGUGUGGACGAGGCUUUAGUCAAAAGUCACAUCUCAUCACUCACCAGAGGACACACACGGGGGAGAAGCCCUAUUCUUGCAGAGAGUGUGGGCGAGGCUUCAAUCUGAAGUCAAAUCUCACCAAACACCAGAGGACACACACAGGGGAGAAACCCUAUAUUUGCAGGGAGUGUGGACACGGAUUUACUUGGAGUAAAAGUCUCAUCACACACCAGAGGACACACACGGGGGAGAAGCCCUACGUUUGCAGAGAGUGUGGGCGAGGCUUUGCUCGAAGGCCACAUCUUACUGCACACCUGAGGACACACACAGGGGAGAAGCCCUAUGUUUGCAGAGAGUGUGGCCGAGGCUUUGCUCGAAGGUCACACCUUACUUCACACCAGACCAGACGACACACAUAUGGGAAAAGCCCUAUGUUUGCAGGGAGUGUGGGUAAGGCUUUGGAUGGAAGUUAA